AUGAUUCAUAAUUGAAGCCAGGCCAAACCCAAAAUCCCUCUUUCUCCCAAACAGAAGAAAACAGAACGAGAAACCCACUAAGAGAAAACGCCCCCUUUGAACUUAACCAACAAAAAUGAGCAGCUCCAGCAGCUUUAGCAGGUUCUAUGAUACCUGGUUCGACCAACUCAAUCAACUUCUGGAACAAUUGAGGACAGCCCCCAAACCACCAAGCAGCCAAGAUGAUAGAAGCCAUCUUAUUAGCCUAGCCCAAAAGAUCGUAAGCCACUAUGCCGAGUUCUAUAGGGUGAAAUCUAUGGCCAUAGAGAGUGACGUUUUGUCAGUCUUCACAGCCCCUUGGGCCUCCUGCUUCGAGAGGUCGCUUCACUGGAUUGCUGGGUGGCGACCCACCACCUUGUUUCACCUUGUCUACACUGAGUCUAGUAUUCUUUUUGAGUUUCAUAUUGCUGAUAUUUUAAAGGGCCGAAGUACUGGAGAUCUUGGUGAUCUAUCACCUAAUCAAUUCAGGAGAGUCAGUGAGUUACAAUGUGAGACAGUGAAAGAAGAGAAUGCGAUAACAGGUGAGCUAUCAGAGUGGCAAGCUAGUGCAAAUGAGGUAAUGUUGGGGUCAUUCACAGAUCUUGGUGACAAGGUCGGACGGCUGGUGAGUGUUGUGAAGAAGGCAGAUGACCUAAGGCUGAGAACAAUCAGGAGGGUUGUUGAAUUAUUGACCACACAGCAAGCAGUGGAAUUCUUGGUUGCUGCUGGUGAAUUGCAGUUUGGAGUCUACGGGUGGGGGAGGAAGCUUGAUCACCGCCCAUGUCAAAGUGUUUGAUGCCGAAACAAUCAAGAUUUGGGUGUGUUUGUUUACGUUUUGUACUGCAGGAAUCUCCAAAAACAGUUUUAUGUGCUAGAAGAUGUCCAAUUUACUAGUAGUUUUUGGUACUUCACCAACAAUUUUAUGUGCUAGAUG